GUACCUAAUUUAAUAUUUGUUUAGAAAAAUCAAAAGAAUGAACUUGCAUCCCCUCACCGGACGGAAGGAUCACUUUCGUAGUCCCCCACACUCUUAUUCGUACGACGUCGUUUUUAGGAUAGACCACGAUCACCUGUCUUAUAAAACACGUGUACUUUCUUGAUCGUUAUCGUUAUUUAUUGAUUUAUUGAUUUAUUUAUCGAAAGUUCCGUGUUUAAAUUUAAAAUUUCAAUCUCUUUCUUUCUUAAUAAACAAAGACAUUCAUCUUUAUCUCCUAAGUCCUAACCAAAGGAAGAAGAAGAAGAAGAACGAAAAAAAAAUGGCGAGCAUUGCCGUGAUUAGAGCUCUCAGAAGACGAAUGAGUAGUACAUCGUCAAUCUCUCCUUCUCGAUCUAUUAGCACAUUGGUAUUGGGUGAGUUCGAAGGUGGUAGGAUCAAACCCUCAUGUUUAAGUGCAGUGGAGGCUGCAAAGUCUUUAGGCAAGGACAACUCCAUUUCAAUGCUCUUGGCUGGUUCUGGUUCUUCCCUAAGGGAAGCUGCAGCCAUGGCUGCUUCUCUUCAUCCUUCGGUUUCGGAGGUGCUUGUGGCUGAUUCAGAUAUGUUUGCACAUCCUUUAGCUGAACCUUGGGCUAAACUAAUACAUUUGGCUCAGCAGAAAGGAAGCUACUCACAUGUCAUUGCCUCUUCAGGUUCAUUUGGGAAAAACAUUUUUCCGAGGGCGGCUGCACUUUUAGAUGUUUCUCCAAUUACAGAUGUUGUUGAAAUUUCUGAUUCUCAUUUAUUUGUGAGGCCAAUAUAUGCUGGGAAUGCACUUUCCACUGUUAGAUAUACUGGAGCUGGCCCUUGCAUGUUGACCAUUAGAUCAACAUCUUUUCCAGCUUCAACAAUUAUAGAUGACUCAAAAUCUAAUGAAGCUCCUAUAUCCCAGGUUGAUCUCUCCACCUUCAAUGAAGAGUCAGUUGGUAAAUCAAGAUUUGUAAAGCUUGCAUCACAGGCUACUGAACGACCUGAUCUUGGGAAUGCUCGUGUUGUGGUCACUGGCGGACGUGCACUGAAAACUGCUGAAAACUUUAAAAUGAUAGAGAAGCUUGCAGAAAAACUUGGUGCAGCUGUUGGAGCUACACGAGCUGCUGUUGAUGCUGGUUAUGUCCCAAAUGAUCUGCAGGUUGGUCAAACUGGAAAGAUAGUUGCACCUGAACUAUACAUGGCUUUUGGGGUAUCGGGAGCCAUUCAACACUUAGCAGGCAUGAAAGAUUCCAAGGUCAUUGUUGCAGUGAACAAAGAUGCAGAUGCACCCAUUUUUCAGGUUGCUGAUUAUGGACUCGUAGGUGAUCUCUUUGAGGUGAUACCAGAGUUGCUAGAGAAGCUUCCUGAGAAAAAGUGAACAUUCUUUUGAAUUGAUCUGAGAUUGAAAUGAAUGCAACUUGCUAAUAUCUUCUCCACUCUGUACAUGACAUAUUCUGAUGCUGUUAAUAAUAAUAAUAAUCACAAUUAUAUAACCUGCCAUUUUAAUUUA